AUGGCUUUUUGCCUUUGCUCUUUGCAAGAAGUUACCAUCCCCUCUUUUCUUUCUUGCUUUCUUUAAUCCUUCCCUUGCUUUUCCUUUUUACUUUGUUUUUUUUCCCCUCUCACUUCAGAAUCUUACUUUAUUCUCCCUCGAACUCAACCCUCUAAAAAGACCACUAUCCUCCUCACAUCUUGAUCCUCAUUGUGUUCAUAAACAAACAACUCUUCCCUUUCUCUCUAUUCCACCUCUUGUGUUUCAAACCUAGAAAGGAAUAGGUCACUCUUUUUCUAGCUUCUUUUUAAGCUAUUUGUAGUUUGAGAAUUAUAUAAUUAUAAUUCUCUUAAUUUGGUGUCAUAGUUUGUGAAUCUUGAAUCUUGAAAAUCUAGACAAAAUGAUGUCCUCACCUUCAGAAUUAAGCCUUGAAUGCAAACCCCAUCAAAGCUAUUCUAUGCUUCUAAAAUCCUUUGGAGAGAAAAUUGACCAAACACAAAAUUUAGAAGAAUUUGUUGCUCGACUUGAAGAAGAAAGGGUUAAGAUUGAUGCUUUCAAACGUGAACUUCCCCUUUGCAUGCAACUUUUAACCAAUGCUAUGGAAGCUUCAAGACAACAACUUCAAUCCUAUAGAGAAAAUCAAGGGCGAAAACCAGUACUUGAAGAAUUUAUUCCACUUAAGAAUAAUAAUGCAAGUGGUGAAGGAGAUGAAAAGAAUAUAUCAAACACAACUGAUCAUAAUAAGGCAAAUUGGAUGACUUCUGCACAAUUAUGGAGUCCAGGAAGUGAAGAAAUUAAAGAAAAAUCCACACUAACAUCUUUUAAAGAAACUACUGAUAUGGGUAUUUCAAAACUAGCCUUAGACAACAAUUUUUCUAGCCCAACUCUAGCUCUUGCUUCAACUAAACAAAGUAUUGGAAUAGUGGAAGAUAACAAGAAUUUGGAAACAGUGAAUAAUUAUUCAGGAAAAGAUAAUUCAAUAUUAGAGCAAGGAAAAGGAGCUUCUACUAUCAAUCUGCAGCCAGAUUCUCAAAGUACAGGAGCUGUAACCAACAGUACAAGUACUCAACAACAUAGAAAGGCAAGAAGAUGUUGGUCACCUGAUUUACACAGGCGUUUUGUUAAUGCUCUUCAGAUGUUAGGUGGUUCUCAAGUGGCCACUCCAAAACAAAUUAGAGAACUGAUGAAGGUUGAUGGUUUGACCAAUGAUGAAGUUAAAAGCCAUCUGCAGGUAUAUAUUAACCAAUUGUAACCUCACACUCAACCCCCACCCCCUAAACCAAGAAAAGCCUAACCUUGAAAAAAGUUGUAGGUAACACACUGCUGCACUGGUAAUUGUGCAUAUUCCAUACAGGCAGUACAAAUUAAAGUACUAGGACAGAAACUUAAACCAAUUAGUGUGAUCUUUUUCUUCUUCUUUUUUCUACAAAAGAUACA